AUGCCACGACGGGAUAGUCCCGUCGUCCAAGGAAAGGACAAGACUAGAACCGAGGAAAAUCCGGGCCUGGUCGGCACAGGGAUGGAGAGGGAAAUCAAGCCCGCCCGAAAGCGAGAGAAGAAGAAAAACGGGCGAAAGACAAGACCAGAUGACGGAGUGCAUGAGAAGAUCCUGCACAUCUUCCCCACGGGAGAGGGGUCGCGGCGGCAUAACGGAUCGCCUAACGAACCCUGAAUUUUGUC